UGAAAAUACAUGUCUCAACAAGUAUGGCGACUAGGGCUUUGAGGGAUAUUCAUAAGAAAACUGAAACAGAUUGGAAGGACCAAUUCAAAAAAAUUAGGAACUAUGGUGAGGAAUGCCUAAAGUCUAUUCCAGAUAGCACAGUGGUGAUUCAUACUACACGAGUAGUUCCUCAAGCUCCUGCUGUAUUUCAACGCAUAUAUGUGUGCUUUGGACCUGUUAAAAGAGGUUUUCUUGAAGGAUGUAGAAAGGUUAUAGGCCUAGAUGGGUGCUUUCUUAAAGGACUACUAAAGGGGGAGAUCUUAACAGCAGUUGGUAGAGAUGGAAAUAAUCAGAUGUACCCCAUCGCUUGGGCGGUAGUGGAGAUCGAAAACACCUCUUCUUGGACCUGGUUUUUAGACCUUCUGAAGACAGAUCUGCACAUAAGCAGGCCAGAUUUAUGGACUAUAAUUAGUGACCAACAAAAGGGUCUUUCUAAUGUCAUAGCAAGUGUAUUCCCGGGGGCUGAGCACAGGAAUUGUGCCAGACAUAUCCAUGCAAAUUGGAGCAAAACUCAUAGGGGCAUGCUUCUUAAAAAGCUAUUCUGGAUGUGUGCAAAGUCCACCUGUGAAGAACAACUGCAGGCUUCAUUAUCAGAGUUAGAUAAAGCAGACAUCGAGGCUGGUAGGGACCUGCGUAAACAUCCUUUCAAGCUAUGGUGCAAGGCUUAUUUUAGGCCUGAGGUGAAAUGUGACACUGUGGAGAACAACUUAUCAGAGGCGUUUAAUAGCACCCUUUUGAAAUGCAGAGCAAAACCGCUUAUUCCCAUGUUAGAGCACAUGAGAGUUGCAAUGAUGAAAAGGAUUGCCAAAAAAAGGAAGUAUGUGCAGAAGUGGUCAGGUAUAACAUGUACUACAUUCACUUACCAAAACUAUACUUGAAAUGACUUCAGAAUAAUUACAAUAUAAUUAUGCAGGACAAUUUGGACCUAUUAUUAUGCAAAAAUUAAACAAAAGCAUCUUAGCUAGCCAAGGGUGGAAUGUUGAUUUCAAUGGGGAUGAUGGGUAUGAGAUAAAAAAAGAAGGCACCAGUUUAAAGUCAGUCUAAAAGCAAAAACAUGUUCAUGUAGAAGGUGGGAUUUGUCUGGAAUACCUUGUGCGCAUGCCAUUUGUGCUAUAUUUGACAAUGGCCAGGAUCCUGAACAAUAUGUGGAUAAGUGCUAUUCGAAAGAGUUAUACCAGAAAACUUAUGCAUACACUCUUCCACCUAUCAAUGGAGAGCUGUUAUGGCCACGUACUGAGCAUGAAGAAAUCUUGCCUCCAAAGCCUAAGAAGAUGAGUGGAAGGCCAAAGAAGAAGAGGAUCCGGGAAGCUAAUGAAGUGCCCUCAUCUGGUACUCAACUUUCCAGAAAAGGUAGGAUUAUGAAAUGCUCCAUAUGUGCAGGGGAAGGACACAACAAGUCUUCUUGUCCCAACAAGAACACAACUACCUCAACUGAGGCUGGAUCUACUCAAGGAGUGUCCAGUGGUGUAGAGGGGGAAACUGAAGGUCCUGCUGCAAGAGGACAAAGAGGACAUGGCCAAGGUCAAGGUAAAGGGAAAACACAAAGGGGAAGGAGAGGCUCAAGGGGUGGAGGGAAAGCACAAAGGGGAAGUGUACAAAGAGGUUUUGGUGUCUAUUUUGAUGAGAACACUGGUGAAACCCUCAUUGAUCCUGGACAACCGAGUGAAAGAGUGCUUAACUGAGAUGCAGUUGGAAGAAGGAAGUGAGAUGUUGAACAUGUAGCAUGGAAGAGAAAUGUGGUCUGUGUAAUGAUAUAGUUAGGUGUGAAUUUGUGGUUGUUUUGGUGGAUAACUUUUGUAUGGUUGGUGGUAGCCUUUAAAGCCAUUUGGUUGUACGAAUGACUGCAAUGCUUUUGCCUUUUUUUUGUUGUUGAUGUUGGCUGUAAAGUAAGGGGAAUCUGUGGGGCUGAAAUUUGGCCUUGGUGUGGCCCG